CCUAAACAUACUUUAAUAAACAAAAGAUUAGGACCCGCAAGCGCGAUAAAAACCAACUUCCACUCAACGGUGCUUCAUCUGGGCUUUUAUUGUGAAGUUUUAUUUUUCUUUCAUCGCUUGCCUCGCUCCUGCCAGCCUCACAGCCACUGUAGACUUCAAGCAAAUCCACUAGCGUUGCAGGAGCUGCAGUGCGCGACGGAGCCACCUCACACCGACCCACCUGGAACCCACGGACACUGACGCACAGAUUCUACAGCGACCAUGCAGUGGCUCAUGAAAGUGUGGGUCCUUGCUUUGCUUUUGUGGAUUCCGGCUCAGUGCCAGAAGAGAAGGAAGAAAGGGCAGAGAGACGACAACCAGGUCAUCAUGUACGAGGCUAAAUCUCUCAUCUGCCCGCUGGAGAUCAUGUUCCUGGUGGACAGCUCGGAGAAGGCAGCGUUGACGCUGUUUGAACAGCAGAAGCAGUUUGUCCUAGGCUUCAGCGCCAGGCUGGUGCGCAUCGACUCACCCGGCUGGCGAGUGCGCCUCCGCCUGGCUGUGCUGCAGUACAGCAGCACCGUGUCCGUUGAGCACAACUUCAGGGACUGGCAGGACCUGGAUGUUUUCCAGAGUCGGGUCUCCUCCAUGGCUCUCAUCGGCCACGGGACCUACUCUGCCUAUGCCAUCACCAACGCCACCAAGGUGUUCAAGCAGGAGACCUCGUCCAGCAGCCUGAGGGUGGUGCUGCUGAUGACGGAUGGAGAGGACCACCCACGCAGCCCGAGCUCUGUAAUGGCCGCCGCCACCGCCAAGCAGAAUGGGAUUAGGAUGUUUACUAUCCGGCUAUCUGGAGCGCCGGAACAGGGCGCCAUGGGCAUGAAGCUGAGGUCCAUGGCUAGCAUCCCUGCUCAACAGCACAUGUUCAGCCUCAGCGACAGCCAGCUGGAGGACAGACUUUUCCAAGAGCUGAGUGCAUUUGUAAAGACCAAGUGUCAGCAGCCCCAGUCUUGUGGAUGUGAGAAAGGAGAACAAGGACGCCCUGGAAAUCAGGGGGAACCUGGGGAGCCAGGCUCAGAGGGAGCUCCAGGUCCAAAAGGAUCUAAUGGGGAGCCUGGGGUUCAUGGGCGCCCUGGGAUGACAGGACUGGAGGGUCGACCUGGAGGAAAAGGGGAAAAGGGGACAAAAGGGGAGUGCGGCGCUGCUGGAACCAAAGGAGAGAAGGGGGACCCUGGACCUCCAGGCCCCAGCGGACCCAAAGGAGAACAGGGAGGAAGAGGGGUGCCAGGAGACCCUGGUCCAGAGGGAGCUUUAGGCCCUAAAGGUGAGCGUGGACCAAGAGGUUCCUCAGGACCUCCUGGAGAGAACGGUCUGGGCUUCCCCGGUCCAAAGGGCAACAAAGGGAACCAGGGCAGGCCAGGACCACAUGGAGCCCCAGGUGGAGGAGAGCCCGGCUUACAAGGACCUCCAGGACCUUCUGGGAUUCAAGGCUCUCCAGGUCUGCCUGGUGAAGGUCUGGCAGGACCAAAGGGGGAGCGAGGCUAUGAAGGCCCCAAAGGCAGUCGGGGAGCUCCGGGACUCGGCAUCAAAGGUGAUAAGGGAAACGCAGGAGUCCCUGGUCUGCCAGGAAUGCUGGGCUUCCCAGGCCCCGGCCUCCAAGGAGAAAAGGUAAACGGAAUAUCACGAUCCCGCUUUUGCCGCUUUUUUUGUUUAUUUGUGUGUGAACGGCCUUUUAAAUUCUACUUUAAGGGGGAACGAGGACCUAUUGGACCCUCUGGUCCCAGAGGCCCUUCAGGACUGGGCACAGCUGGAAGCAAGGGUGAUCAGGGUUUCCCCGGAGAGCCUGGCGCUCCAGGAGAGAGGGGUAUGGGUGAACCAGGAUCAAAGGUAAGAGCAAAGAGCCGUUCAGCAAGGCAGAUGGGAACCGGGCUCUCGGCUGACAUGCAAGUUCUGUUCCAGGGUGAGCCUGGACCUGAAGGAGCUGCUGGGAUACCUGGCAUUCCUGGAGAAGAUGGAGCUGUGGGGGCCAAGGGAGAGAUGGGCUCACCGGGACAGCGAGGCUUGGAGGGAGAGCCAGGCACAGGCAUAUCUGGAGAAAAGGGCGACAGGGGGGAACGGGGACCGAGGGGUCUCCCAGGGUCUCCAGGCCCAAUUGGACCUCCUGGUGCAAAGGGAGAACCGGGCAGCACAGGAAUCAGCGGCCUACCUGGACCUGCUGGGCGGGGCUUCCCAGGAGCAAAGGGAGACCCCGGCUCUGUGGGAUCCCCAGGACCGGUUGGAGCACCUGGUAUGGGAAUCCUGGGGCCCAAGGGAAAUAAAGGCAGUGCUGGAUCAGUGGGGCCGCCAGGGCACAAGGGAGAGGGCUCACCGGGGCCACAGGGUCAGCCUGGUCCACCUGGACUUCAGGGAGAAACCGGACCUGAGGGGAGAGGAUUGCCCGGACCGAAAGGGGACAGAGGCUCACCGGGUGUCCUGGGACUGUUGGGUCCUCCUGGAAUUGGAAUUUAUGGACCAAAGGGCUUUCCAGGACAGCCUGGCCCUUCAGGACCACAUGGGCUGCCAGGGAAGGGACUGCCUGGACCAAAGGGAGAGCCGGGGUUUCAGGGGCCAAUGGGUCUUCGGGGCCUUCCAGGUGAUGGUCUUCCUGGGGAGAAGGGAGAUCAGGGGAAGCCCGGAGACAGAGGGAAGAAGGGAGAGCAGGGGGACGCAGGAGCACCUGGCUCACCGGGACCCUCGGGAACGCUUGGAGAGAAGGGAGGGCCAGGACUCACGAAAGAAGAAGUCAUCAGAAUCAUCCAUGAAAUCUGUGGCUGUGGUGUGAAGUGCAGGGGGAGCCCUCUGGAGCUAGUGUUCGUGAUUGACAGCUCUGAGAGCGUUGGACCAGAGAACCUUGAGAUGGUCAAGGACUUUGUGAACGCCCUCAUUGACCAGAUGACAGUGAGCUGGGAGGCCAGCCGGGUGGGCGUUGUGCUCUACAGCCACGAGGGCGUGGUAGUGGUCAACCUGCAGCAGCAGCUCAGCCAGCAAGCCAUCAGGGACGCCGUCAGAGGAAUGCCAUAUCUGGGCGAAGGCACGUUCACGGGCACAGCCAUCCGUCAGGCCACCCAGCUGUUCCAGGCUUCCCGUCUUGGCGUGAGGAAGAUGGCCCUGGUGUUUACGGACGGACAGACCGAUCCGAAAGACAGCAUGCCUCUGAACGAAGCGGUGGCGGCGGCCCAUGCAGACGGGAUUAAGACAAUAGCUGUUGGAGUGAGGAGCAAAAGAAAACCUCUGUUUGAGGAAUUCCUGGCUGAGAUAAAGACAAUAGCUUCUGAUCCAGAUGAAGACCACAUCUACCUCGUGGAAGACUUCAGAUCGCUGCACACUCUGGAGAGUUACAUCCUGAAGCAUAUUUGUGAUGAAGGUUACCUCAUCAGGACAACCUCUCCUCCAAACGAUGUUUUCCCACCAGAGCAAACCCGUCCGGGUUCCUCAUCUCAGACAGACCCUGAGGAGGAGGUAGGAGAGGAAGCAGAGGAGGAAGUGGAGGAAGAGGAGGAAGACUGGCAGCUGCAGACCCCCACAGUCCCACCUGUGGAGAUGAACACCGAAUCCAUGGAGGAUCUCUGGAAUGACCUGCUGAAUGCCACGUUCACCCCACCAGAUGAUGAGGAGCAGGAGGGUUUAGAGCUGACCUCCACUUUGAGCCCACAGACCACACCUGAAGAGCUGCAGGAGAGCACUCCCAUCAGGCCCCACUCUCCUGAAGCGCUGACCAAGUCACCUGUGUCAGGUGGGGGCUGUUCUCAGCCUUUGGAUCCAGGUCCCUGUCGGCUCUAUCGAGUCAGGUGGUACUUUGACCCCCAGGCCAACUCCUGCGCUCAGUUCUGGUAUGGAGGUUGCCAUGGCAACCAGAACAACUUUGAGACCGAAGAAAUCUGCAGGAAGGCGUGUGUCUUCACGUAACACACUGUGGAGGGGUCAAAAAGUGAGCUACGCUCACAGGCUCCAUCGGCAGCUCUUAUGGACAGAAAGGACUUAGAAGCUGGGGAGGGGGGCAUCUCUGUGCCUUAAAGCUGUUUCACUGCAGCUUCACUCUGACUUCCUGCUUCCGAGCUGCCAUGACUACAUGUAGGAAGGACCCAAACCAGUCUUGUGUGGGGCCCUUCGGUGUGCUCUGCCUUCUUUACUUCCUUCCUUCCUUCUCUGCAUCCCUCACCACAUUCACCCUCACAGCCCAACCCUACUCUCUACUCUGAACAUGAAGCUGAUGGGACAUCUGGAUGCAGGAGAAUAUGGUGGACUCUGCAGGUGCAAACAGCUUAAUUCCAACACAGAGGAAACAUCUCUGACCAGUCUGGACUAAUCACACUGCUUAUACUUCACCUAUUAGUUCUGUUUCCUGAAAAUAUUUUUGUCUCACUACAGCAGCUUAAGCUGCUCAGGCACAACUAGUUCCGGCUGUUUGGGUCUUUGUUCCAGUUUAAACCCUUGACGUCUAUUGAUACAAAUAUGCAUCAAACCUCUUUGGAUCCAAAAUGGCUUUAAUUUAGCAUCUACGUGAAAGCAAAACAUAGGUUAAUAAGUUUUUUUCAAGGCUGGAAACAAAUUCAUGCAUCAAGGAGUUGAACCCUAGGUUUUGUGUGCAGGAAACCCCAAAAUAAGCAAAAGUUUCCAUAAAUAUAACAUCCCUCAUGUAAAGCUCGAAAAGAACUUUAUAUAAUUGAAGCUUUGAUUUAACUGUAUUUUGAAUAAAUACUUUAUUUUCA